AGUAGCAGACGAUCGUUUGGCUCGGCGAGUCGUGUUUACUCAGUGGCUGUGUAUUAUCUCCUACAAAACUAUUGAAUUAUUACCGACAUAACUUCAUUCAUUAAAAGCAUAUAGAUACAUGUGACAUAGAUAGUGUUCAAGUGGAAAUUAUAAAUAAAUUACUGGAAUUUAAGGAAUUAAAAACAACAUAUACAUCAACCAAGAUUGAUUGUGAAUUUUAAAAGUUGAAAAGCUUGACGAUAUUCUUACGGGAUGGAUGUGAAAUUCGGAUUACUCCUGUUAGCUUUGACAGUACUGCGUGUGGAGGGUACAGGUACCUUGAUUACCAAACCGAACGUGAAGGGCAUGUUAGGAGGCACGGUUGACCUUGAGUGUACCUUUCAGCCUACUGAGACGUGGUACGUCAUGCAAUGGAGAAAACGUUUGCCUAACGAUGUUGAGGUCAUCUUGGUAAACUUACCGCCAAAACCCGAGAGCAUGGCAGCAGGACUAUUUCCGUCUGAUGUCGUUCUAUCGCCGACAUGGGCAGACGACAGCAUGAAGUCUCGAGGACGGACAAACGUUGGUCAUAAUGACACAUCCAUUAACUUCAACAUCAAACUCUACGAUUUUGAGUGUACUGACGUGGGGACGUACGUCUGUGUCGUCACCGGAUCUAGUAUCAUAUCUAAAACAACGGAAGUGGGAAUUCGGUUCCCGGGUAAACCUUCUAUCAACUCGGAACUACUUCGGGUAGAGGAAAAUUUCAACUUCACACUCGAAUGUGUUGUCAGUCUCGGAAUUCCUCCAGCUCAGGUCACGUGGUACGUCAAGCAUCCAGAUGAUGAGAAUUACAGUUUAAUUUCGCCAAUGGCUGACCCGGAAGACCAAAAGAGUGAGACAUGCGUACCUGUUGUCAACCAACAGAUAAUGACAUCUAUUACUGAAGAAACAAGCGGAAGUAUAUUUCAGUGUCGUGUGGAGGGACCGCUAAUUGAAAAUGAAAGCCAUCAAUACAGCGAUGAAAUAAUCGUGGAAACACCAGAACCGAUUGUGACUGAAGCCCCUUACGAGGUACCCUGUACUGGAAAAAACUGCAACGUCAACAAAACGGCUGCCCUAGAAUUCAAUGGUGCUCAGUCCAAACCAAAUGUUAUGGUCACCAUGAUAGCGUCUUUGAUCAUUCUCAUCAUAACACUUGCUCUACGGUAGUAAAAUGACGGACUACGAAAUCAAAGUGACCGACACAUCAGCAUACAAACGACGACCGAGGCUGUUUGGAAGAGCUGAACAACAUGAAAUUUCUAAAAAAAAAAAAAAAAAAAACAUGUUAAAAGACUGCAUUUAUCAUCAUGGGAGAUUAUGGAAACGGUGUCCCUGCAUGUGUUGAUUAGCUAUAAGGCCUGACUGAUGUUUAGAUAAUGACUGGCCAUUCAUCUGUAGGGUAUGGGUGAAAUGAGGAAAGGAAAGUUAUGUUAUAUCAGAAAAUGAUGUUCAGAACUCUUUUGAGAUGCCGAGUUUCCAAGGUAACCUACUUGUAGGUGUAAUCCGAAGGAGGUCAUGGUUCAUAUAGGGCUGUCUUUGUCUAUAUAUAUAGUGUGACAUUGAUGUACGGUAUCCUUGGUAACGCACCUUUAGGUCUGGAAAGUACUGACAAAUAUGAUAUACAUUCACGUGUGAGUGUGACACCUAUUCUAUUCAUUCAGCCGUCCAUUUCCGGUAUAAAUUAUUAAGGUAAUCUUAAUCAAAUUCUGCGAUCAUAUAAAAGUCACAAUUAAAGUUCAAAUUUACAAAUAAAAAAGCAGGGGAUAUUUUCAGUCUGAAUUAGAUGGGAUCUUACAGUCAAAUGGAUGCAGGUCGUGUUCAUGAUAGGCUCAUGUACGUGUACAUUAUAUUAGGUAUUCUAUAAGAGGAAUACACUAUCGUACAGUUAAUUUUUUUAAAUGAUCAGGCCACUGUCUAUGUGGAUAGAUUAUUAACUCAUGAACGUAUGUAUGUGAAUCAUUUUAGUUUUCCCAAGGCAUUUUGAGCAAACAUUUUCAUUGGACAUGAAAAAGAAUCUAAAAUUCAUAAAAUAUCCAUAUCCACAUUCUUAAAGAUAGUGAAAGCUGUAAUACAUAACUAAUAAUGACAUAGAGUGAUACGGGCGUGAAAGGGUCAAUCAUAAAUCAAAUUGCUUAUGUAGUGUAUCUAGUCUACUCUCUGCGUGAUGUAGAUUGAAAAUCCUUCAUGAUGUAGACAUUUUAUCGUAGUUAGUUUUGUUUAGAUAUAAACACUGGGUUGGUUUGAGGAAAACAUAGCCAGGAAAGACGUGGAGGAGUUAACGAACAGACACACUUGUCUAUCAUUUGGAUUGUAAAUAUGUGUGUUGUUUGGGAAUUAAACUAAAACGGAUAGUAAAUAUCAAAAUGACUGCAAACCUUGAAUUCAGAAUCGAGAUUUGACAUAGUAUUCCAGGAGUUGUUUUUUAUUACAUUGUGAAGGCUAGCUCUCACAAUCAGGUGAAUGGCAGCCUGUAUUCAUCGUCAUCAUCAUCGGGAUAUUAUUGUCCAUUCAUGUCACCGUUUCAUUAUAUUGAAAACGUUCCCUUCCAUUUUUUCAUUAAAGCUUACAAAACAUCAAUAGUCCAACACGUACGAAGGGAGACAACUUGGGACCGUUUAUCACACAAAGGAGGACCAGGCCAUUCCGUUAAAACAGAAUUUGAUGUACUAUUAUUUCCCUCAAUCUUAUCAUUUAUUCUGUUAUAAUGUAAGCUAACAGAGGAAAUUCGGAGUUUAGGUAAUUAAUAAUAUUGAAAACAACUCAACAUUCAUAAAUAUUAACCUCUGUCACGUGUUUCUAGUUUACAAGUUUAAGUUUGUUAUUAUUUGGUAAGUCUUUCUUCUUCUUUUUAAUAAAAUGUUUAAGUUCCACAAGCUUUCCAGAAGCAAAGAAAUUCGAAUGUAAAUAUUUGUCCGGAAUAUCGAUACACAAUGGGUACAGUUUUGCAUUUUUGUGUAAGCUAUGACAUCAUAAUGAAAACGGUCUUCGUACAAAGUAUUUGCAUUAUAUGAUAACUGAAAUCAUUUCUCAAUCAGGGAAAUGUUUUUAUGCUGAUACCUUCACUAAUGUGAACAUGUCAGGUGUUGCUUCGUAUAUUAUACAGGUUAUACAGAGAGUAAAUGUCACGUGACAUUUAUUUAUAGAAUAGAUAGUGUUAUGUCCUUUUCUGGGACUUUAUUUAUCAUUGAUGUAAAGACAACGCUGUCGUAGAAGGUCUGCUUGUGUGUUGACCUGAAUAUCUCGGACAUUUCCAGGUUUACGUUUCUUUGUAUAUGAUUAAUUUUUAUUUUUAAAGGAAGUCGGUAGUUUAAGAGGUCAUGUCCUGGUGCCCUCUCAUUUUAACUAAUUGCUAAGGGCCUUUUUCAUUUCUUCGUACUUAAAAGAGUAUAAAACACAUCCAGGUUAAGACAGAAAGUUCACAGGACAAGAAGAUAUAAAAUCUCGUAAUGGUGAUGAAUUAACGUCAUAGAAAUAUUAUACACUAAAGAUAUAUCCAACUACGCGGAAAAUGUGCAAUUUGAAUACAUUGUAGUCAACCUUUGUCUCAUAGAGUAUAAGUGUAUUUCUGAAUCGCACUUUUAUUUAUAUCCUAUUAGAUACAUUAUCCUUUAAUUUUCGUUCACUACCAUAAGUUUUUCUUACUUUAAGUGUUUAUAGACUCGUUCGAAAGUAUUUAAUGUAUACCCGACUGACGUGUAUAGUACAUUAUUACUCCGUUUGUUUCAAAUAUGAUGUAUUAAAUCUUAUAACGUGACUUACCCUGUAAAACAUGUACAGGGUCAUUUUACCAACCACGUUGUUUGAUAUCACUCAUUUUUUGUUUGUUUAAAUAGACUAAAUGUUACUAGAUACGUACCACGUGAUUUGAUGUACGGUUAACCAUGUAGCAGGUGACUAUAUAUGUAGUUAAAGCAGGUGACUAGAUAUGUAGUUAAAGCAGGUGACUAGAUAUGUAGUUAAAGCAGGUGACUAGAUAUGUAGAAAGUCACGUACCACGUGAUUUGAUGUACGGUUAACCAUAUAGCAGAUGACAAGAUAUAUAGUAAAUUACGUACCACGUGAUUUGAUGUACGGUUAAGCAUAUAGCAGGUGACUAGAUAUGUAGUAAAUUACGUACCACGUGAUUUGAUGUACGGUUAACCAUAUAGCAUGUGACUAGAUACGUAGUUAACUAUGUACCACGUGAUUUGAUGUAGAUUAACCAUAUAACAAGUGACUAAUUAUCUAUAAACCACAUACCACGUAAUUUGAUGUAGGUUAACCAUUACUAGAUGGGUAGGUUUAUAGUGUAUGUCAUACUAUAUACAUCAAAUGCAUGAGUAUGUGUUAUACUCCUUUGUGUAGUUAACACGUCAUUGUUCACGUCUUCUGAUUUAGAUAGAUCGGUCUUAUAUUUGUUUUAUAUAUUAUUUGGAUAUAUUUAUUAGGUAGAGUUCACGAAUAUAUUCUUUUGUGUUAUGAAAUACUCAAGGAAAGUGAUACUGUUGUAUGAAUCACAUGUGUAUGUGGUGUAUGUGUGUAUGUGACACUCAGGGGAGAACAUGCGUUCAUUUAUCAUUGUUGUGCUAUUAUUUAAUGAUAUAUCUCACAUCUUCAUGGGUGUUAUUAUGGAAGUAUGAAUGCAUCAUAGAUGAGUGUUGUAUACGUUGCUGUUUUCGAGCCUUCUUAAUGAUAUUAAUGCAGAUAUAUAUAUAUUAAAUGACAUGUGCUAAUUAUUGUUAUGUACAAACUAAUUAGUAUUUUCAGUUUUGAUUUUAUCAGUAGGUACGCACUAGUUUAUAUUAAGUAUAACCUUUAUUUUAUAUUAUAUAUGUGUUUACAUGAACAUAUUUAUGAUUUACAUCCUAACCUAUUAUGUGUACUAUGCGCUUCUGAAAUCAAACAGAAUUCGCGUGAAUAACAAUCAUCGGCUUUUUAUACAAAGUAUAUAUACCAUAUUUAUUUGGGUAGUUUUCAUAAAAUGUUUUACUCAGCAUCAUAGAUUGCUGAGGUACAAAUCCUCACUAGGGUUCACAUCCCUAUGAACAUAUAUGUGUGUGAAUAUUACCUACCACGAGUUCGCAUCCCUGUGAACAUAUUUGUGUGGUAUUUUUCCAAAGAUGCGUUCACAUCCCUAGGAACUUUUUAGAAUUUUUCCGCAUAUGUGUUCACGUCCCUAUGAACAUGUUUGUUAUUUUUCUGCCUGCAUUUUGCUCUUUAUGUAUAAACAUUACGCAUAAUAACCAUGUAUUGGUGUUUACUACGUUUCCCUAAAACUCAAAACUCAAAUUAUAUAAGAAAUCAUGGCAAACGAAUGUAUUCUUUCGAAAACCUUUCGGUUUGUUUGAGAGGUAGACAAUAACCAUUGAGUCCCGUAGUAUUAUUAUGGCCAUGUACAUAUGGGAUAUAACAUAUAAACAAUUAAACAAUACAGAUAUGAACUAAUUACACCCGUUAUUGUGUGUUGAUUCAAUCAUGAUAUCUAUAAAUUCCUUUUAAAAGAAUAUAUCCUAUAAAAGCUUCAGUCAGGAAUUUGAUGUCAAAGGAAAAUUAAAACCAACUACUGCACUAACAGUUAAAACAGUAACAAGAAUAAUCACACGAAUUAAAUCAUCAAUAACCAGAUUAAAGAUAAAUGUUUAUAGAUCAUAGUGUGACAAUGGAGAAUAUAGCUACUAACUGAAAUGACCUUUGAACCAUAUCAUAACUAUUACUUUAUUUUUUCCAUAACAUCAGCUGACUUACCUUACAUUAAGUUUAACGCAAUGCAAUAUUGCUAUCUUUGCGAUUUAUGCCGAUAAUAUGAUUUCCGGAAUUUAUCUUGAAGUUCCCGUGUCUAUGCAUACCUACAUUUGUAUUUAUGUCGACCGCUAGUUAGCCUCUGGUGCUUAUAGUGUUUUCCUAUGAAUCUAUCUCCAUGAAUAGACAUUUUAUCUAUAUAAGGCAAUUUUUUGUG